AUGGACAACGCCACAUAUCACAAGGGGCGGCCGUUUGACACCCCCAAGGGCAACUGGAAGAAGGGCGAUCUCUAUCAAGCCUGUGUGAAGUUCAUGGUUCCUGGUGUGUCUGCUACUGAUCUCAAGGCGACGAUCUGGGCAGCCUUGAAGAAGCAAUCGACGAGCACAUCCCACCUUCGAAAAUGGCACGGACUCGUGGACAUCAUGUGGUGUUCUCGGCUCCAGGGGUACAGUUGGUCGUGUUUACACUUCUACCACUACGUUUGCGGAGGUCCGCGAUCGUCUUGA